GUCAGAACAUCCGGUUGUGUUGUCAAACGUCACUUAUCACGUGACUACACAGCAAAGAUUUGAUUGGUUCGUAGAAAACAACCGACUUCCGUAUUGCUCAUGUGAUUUGCUUUGGACACCAAAGAGAAGUCAUGUCCAGUAGGUACCAGAUUGUGGUGCAGGGCGAGGCCUCUGAGACGGACUCUGAUGAUGAGGUGUACAUCACCUCCAUGGCAGCUCCCCAAACUGCCACAGUUGGAGCCAAGGUACCUGGGGAGGCGUCUGAAACAGACAGUGAGGAGGAGGAGGAACAGUCGGGCAGAGUCUCUGCUCUGAGCCAGGAGAGCGCUCAGAUACUCAGGAGAGACCUCCCUCCUCUCAUUGUAGUUCGAGACCAUCCCGAUAUACAGUCUAUAGUGGAAGACAGGCCAAGCCCUACACAUAGGCCGCAUGGUGAUACUCUCUUACAACAGAAGCUGCAAGAAUCAAACAGCCGGCUGUAUUCUGAUGUUGGACAGACGCUACGGCAUGUUUACGGCAGUGCUAGUAGAGAGGUGCACAAUGCAACAGCUCAGCUGACUACCUCACAGAGCGCCAUCAUCAAUGCCUCCCACAGCAUCCGAUUAAUCCUGGAUGACCUGAAGGCAGUUUCCGAGAAGAUUGACAUCAUCACCAGCUGCCAAAUACUGCCUGAUAUUAACAUCAACAAUCUCAGUAGUUCUGCUGCUCCUGCACCUUAAAAAUAAAAAAUAACACAUAUAAUUUAAAUCCAAACAUAUAACUUUGAUGUUUAACAUCAUGAUUGGUGUUUUCUCAAUGAAAAUGAGAGUAGGACUCAAGCUAGUAAAUUGAAGCAAGUUAGCUUUACUUCAGUGUUUACAUAUGAUCGCUAUGCAUAUGAAUAAGUGUUUUUAUUUAACAAUCACAAACUAGUAUUUAUAUUGUGUGUCCUCAUAAUAUUAGCCCUGGGUUCUUUCUGUAAAAAGUGAAGGACAAGAAAACAAACUAAUGCUGUCACCUAAUGUUUUGAGAUACACUUUUACAAAGGAAAUUAUUGAUACAUCAGCAUACAUAAGUGUUACUCAAUGUAAUCUCUUAAAGCACUGUGCACUGAUUUUGAUAUCCUUUUGUACCCUUUACUGUUUUCUGGUCCACAGUGAUAGGAUGAGGAGACAGUCUUGUACUUUUUUUUCUCAACAGAUAACCUUUUUGUUUCAUUUUCCCCUGUGGCACUAAAAUUGUUAAAUAAAUGUUACUAUACAAAAACACAAA